AUGGGAAUGGAAGUUCAGGCCAGAUUAGAUCUCCAACGGCAGACUAUGAAUGAUCUUCUGGGCCAUAAUAAGAACCUUCAGGACCAGAAGGAGAAGCUUCAGGACCAGAAUAAAAACCAGAAGAAGGAUCACGAACGCGAGUUGAACACAUGUAUCGGAACGUUUAUUGUCGUUUUGCUCACUUUCGCCGCCUUCAUGAUAUGUGGCUUUCUGCCAUCUUCUUCGUCCGAACGCUGUUCAUGUGCGCUAGAAGCGAAAGCUGUCCAGAUGACGGCCACGCCUACUACGGUCACGGUCACGCUACCGGUAGCCACGCCUACUAUAGUCACAGUCACGCUACCGGUAGCAACCAACGCCGUGCCGACGAUCAAAGCCGCCUCAUCGACCCAUGCUGCAACAUCGACUGAACCGAUAAGAUCCGUCGUCCACGAUUAUCGCAAGAUUGAAGAUCGAUAUCUAUACGAAGAUAAGGGUUGGCAACAAGAAGAAGAGGCGAAGCAGAAGGAAAUAAAGGCGCAGCUGGAAGCCGACUUUAAAAAAGGUUUUGCGCAGUGGGAGGAGAGAGUGAAACAAAUAUACCAGCGCAACCAAGACGCUCAAGAAGAAUUCCUGAAACAAGCCCUGAAAUAG